AUGAACGACGAGUUCUAUCAAAAAUUCCCUUCAUUCAAUAAGAAUUCGAAAGAAAAUAUACGGCACCAAAAAAUUACUGUUGAUUACAGUGAAUUUCUGAGAACUAAAAAGGAUACACCGACCGAAAAUCAGAAAAAACCUCUAAAACCUUGGAUUUCAGUCUCUGAAAUUCAAUCUUUCGAUGUUUUUUCUGUAGAAGAACGUAACAAAAAAGCUAAAAAUGAGUCCAGGGAGAAGCAGGUGUUGUAUCAAAAACUCCUUUUGCAACAAAUUAAUGAUGAAAAAAAUAAAAGGAAAAUUCAAAAGGAUAAGGAACUAGAAUAUGAAAGAAUUUUAGAGGAGCGUUUGCAAAGACAAAUAGAAAAUAUGAACAUUAAAAAUAACGAUCCACGAAUAGUAGAGAGAAUUUCUUUAUCUGAAAAUGACAAAUAUUCAGCAAGACGAAAAAAUGAUGUUUAUCGAUACUUUAGUAAAUCGUCAAUAAGCCUCUUUAACUAUAAGGAUAAACAUUUUAAUGAUUUAAAUUUUUGUAAAUGCAUAAAUGAAGAAACACAGGUGACAAAUUGCACACAAUGCCACAAGAAAGUUGAAAUAUUAUGCAAUGAGUGUCAACAUUUGAAACAAUGUAAGCAGUUGCAUGAAGCUUUAAAUAUUGACUUUUCAACAAAUCGCACAAAUCGUCUGCUCAAAAUGCUAUCAUAUAGAGAAAACUAUGCUCCUUAUACGUUUGAUAAUUCAACUAGGCUUCAAAAAAAUACUCAAAUUAAUCUCGAAAAAUACAAUUAUUCAAAACUUUAUAAAGAAAUGAAGACGAUGAAGGAUCCUAUCGACAUUAAUAACAAUGAUACCAGUACUCACCCAAAGGGAGGAUUGAAUGUUGAAGAAGUGUUAAGAGAUGGUCAUAAGCAAUAUACAGUCAUUACGGGCUAUGCAAAGAGCUAUUUGGGGAAAAAAUAA